CUUCCGGUAGUAAUAGCAACGUGAAACUUGAACCUGAUAAGCAGUCAUAUGAUUGUAAGAGGCUGUCCCAUUGUGGUUCGGCUGCUUUCUAGUACAGUUAUCAGAAUCGUUUAUCACAAAAAAGAACUUUUACCAGUAGCAUAUAACUUUGCAGUAUUUUCAAGGUGUAAAUUUUGCGUAAACAUGGGCGAAGUUCGUGAAUUGUAUCCAGAAAUCGAACCUUUCGAUUCUGGUAAAUUGAAAGUGAGCGAUGUCCACGAAAUUUACUACGAGCAGUGCGGAAAGAAAGAGGGGAAACCAGUGAUAUUUGUGCAUGGAGGCCCCGGCGGUGGCUGCUCAGCUAGGGAUAGAAGAUUCUUUGACCCGGCUGUCUACAGGGUGGUCUUGUUUGACCAGAGAGGUGCCGGCAAGUCAACACCACCUGCAGAAUUAAAGGACAACACCACCUGGGCGCUGGUGGACGACAUCGAGGCACUGCGAAAACACCUGAACAUUGACCAGUGGGUGGUAUUUGGGGGCAGCUGGGGGUCCACGCUGUCCCUGACCUACGCUGAGACACAUCCAGAUAGGGUGAAGGCGCUGGUGCUGAGGGGGAUCUUUACUCUGAGGAGGAAAGAGUUGAUAUGGUUUUAUCAAGAAGGGGCCAGUUUCAUUUAUCCUGAUGAGUUUGAAAAAUACUUGGAACCCAUCCCUGAGGUGGAGCGUGCCGACCUGAUGAGUGCCUACUACAGGCGUCUAACUGGACCCAGUGAAGAGGAGAGACUGAGGUGUGCCAAAGCUUGGAGCAGGUGGGAAAUGGCUACAUCCAGGCUGUACCAGGACCCAGCCAUGCUGAAGAGGGAAGAGAAUGCACAGUGGGCACUGCAGUUUGCCAGAAUUGAAAGUCACUUCUUUGUCCAUGGAGGAUUCUUCAACACAGAUGGCCAGGUAUUGAGUGACAUUGACAAGAUCCGUCAUAUCCCGUGCACAAUAGUCCAGGGACGGUAUGACUUGGUCUGCCCUAUGCAAACAGCCUGGGAGCUACACAAGAGAUUUCCAGAAGCUGACUUCAUAGUUGUGGAUGAUGAGGGGCAUUCUGCCAAAGAAACAAAGAUUUCUUCUCAUCUAGUGAAAGCUUGUGAUAAAUACGAGAAUCUGUAGUAAUUAUAGCCCUGUUAUAGUACAUGUAUUAGUACUCCAUGAAGUGCCAGAAACAGUAUUACAAGUACCAGGACCAGAAAUAAUUGUCAUAUAUAACUAUUAUGAAAACUGAUCUACACCAAAGAUGAUCUCUCUCUGUUUUCACCAUGCCCCAGAAGUUGACAAAGACUGCGUGUUAUGUCUCAUACCACACUGUGGCGUAGACUUCUGAUCCUAGGAGGCACAUUGAAGCUGGUCCUUCAUGUACAGACACUCUUAUGGUAGGAAUAACCUGUAUCUUGUUGAUCAGCUAUGGUUGUAUAUCUGAAAAUUAUCUGGGUGUUAUUGAAUAUUGGAAAAGCAAACUAACCUUGACCAAAUAUGAAAUUCAGGCAGACAGGUACAUUUUGUGACAUGUCUCGUGGCAAGGGCAACAUAUUGUUGUUCAAAGAAAGAUGGCUAAUUCUUUUUUCUGAGAACUCAAACUUUAAAUCAUUGUUUUAGAUAAUUAUAUUACAUUUCAUUUUGAGCAAUCAGAUUCUGAGAUUAGGAAUAUUCAUAAAUUUGAAAUUAAUUUUACAAGACAUUUUAUAUUUAUCACUUAGAAAUAA